AUGUACUGCUUAUCUUUCAUCGAAUAUUUCAAAGAGAGAUCAAGAGAUUUUAUUGAGUUUAUGAAUGAGAGUUAAACAGAAGUAAAUAGCACUUUGAUUAUGAUCAUGUUUUCAUUUCAGAGGAUUAGUUUAUUAUUUGAUCACGAUUAUUUUGCCGAUAAACCAUAUAUCGAUUUUAAAUUGCAAAUUCUGCAACAAGUAUUUAAUUGGUUCACAUUACAAACUCCAAUCUAAUUAAUUGGUAGGACGAACUUAAACAAAGUUUUAUCUUACAUUAUUUGCGUGUAUUUAUGGUUGAUCAUCAUCAACAUAUUUACAACGUUUAAGUUAAAAUAUACAUUAAAAAGCUUCUUUACUUACUACCAAUUAUUGGUGCUCAUACCAAUAAUUCAACACUUAAACAAUUAAAUGUUAAAGGAAGAAGAUUUUAUUAUUGGUUUCAUUAUCAUUUUCGCCAUUUUCAUAUGCUACAUUCUUUAUUUCCUGGUGAAUAGGAACUACUUUUUACCUCAGAGAAACAAAUUCUUAAGAAGAUAUUCCUAUUUUAAUUUUGUGUUAAUAAUUGUUGAUAUUGUGUUCAUGAUUACGAAGUCAAUGGUGAGCGAACUUAUUUCAUCCAUCAUAUUGGUGAUGAUGAAUUUACUCUUUCUCAUCGACGCUGUUCUAAUCUAACCCUACAGUAACUAAAUAAACACAAAAUAUGUGAGUGCAACUGCGUUAAUGUUAUUUGUUUCUCUUAUAAAACUAACGUCCUUUGAAAUUUCACAAACAGAAGUAUUUUACUUCAUACUCUUGCUCUCAACAUUAUCAGUUGCCAUAAUUACAUCAUUGUAUAACCGAUAGAUGAACAACUAAAUAUAUAAUUCCCCUAUGACUCAAGAAAAGAUGCUUACCGUUGUGGAUAUUUUGAAUUAAACUAAAAUGAGUCCAAUCUAAUUGUAUUCCAUAUUAUGUCAUAUUAAAUUCAAACAUAAUAUUUGGAUAGAAAAUGACAAUCUCUUUUCAAAAAUCCAAUAAACUGUGUUGAAUCUCAUGAAUUUAGUAAUUGAGCAAAUUAAAACCAAAGAUUGGGUUGUUAUGGAGAAUCUACAAUUAUACAAAAUCAUGUAUGUCAUUCACACCUGCAAAAAAACACAGCUAGGUUACAUAGAAUUGAAAUAAUACAUGACUAAUUCUUAGAGGUAAUCUUUUUAUUUUCUAGUUAUUUCUAAUAUCUUAUAAGAGAAAAUGGCUGAAAAAAAGAAAACAAUUUAAGUUGGAGGAGAUUAAGAGAAGAAAUUAUAAUUAAGUGAUAUUCGUAGAGCUGAGUUAUUGUAUGAGGAUAAUUUGAGUUUAAUGAUUUCGAUAUUAGAUACCAAAAUUAAAUUUUGGAUUGAUUUAGAUAAAGGAUAUUAAAGAAUUGAAGAUUUUGCAUUAUGCACUUAUAAAUUGAGUGAGAAGAUUUGGAAUUUGAGAGACGCAUUCUUUAAUUGGUUUGCAAUACAGCCAAUGAAAUUGCAAACUCGAUUAGUACACUUCAACAUAUUAGAAUUAAAAUUAUUGUCUAUUUUGUAUUCAGCUAUCCUAAAUGAUUAUCAUGCUACAUUGGACAUUGAAUAAAGAAUUGAUGAAAUUAUGCAAUUCGAAAGGAAUGUGCAAACUGAUAAUGUGAAUAAUUUAACACUAUUUAAUGAUGAAUUGGUCAUGAUUGCUACUAGUUUUGCAAGGCAAAAGAGCUUAAUCCUAAAUAGGAAUAGAGGAUAAUUGGCACAAUUCUUCGGAUAUAAGGAUGAGAAGGAUUUCUAGAAUAUACUUUAUAUAGAAUAAUUGAUGCCACCAUAUAUCUAAUAGAUCCAUGAUAAAAUCAUAUUUAGAUACAUGAAGAAAGGAUAUUCAUUAUUGAUUGAACACUCCAAAGAAGUAUAUGUCAAGAUGAAAAAUAAUUUUAUAUAAGCAGCCAAUAUUAGUUUGUUGCAUAUGUUUGAAAAUGACUCAGAUUACAUAAUCACAGGUGCAUUAUAAAAAGUCAAAACGAGUUAUGAUUUCCUUAUUUUCGAUCGUCGUGGCAAGAUCUUAGGGAUAAGCGAAUAACUCUUCUCCAUUUUAGGUGAAGGAUUCACUUUGGACCAAUUAUUAAAUAAAGGAUUCGUAUACUUUUGGUUUUAGACUAUUUUUGAAUAAAUUAUUUUGGAGAAGGAAUAUCUGUUGUAAUAAUCAGAAUUGCAAGGAAGGGGAAUUCCUAAAUCGAUGAUAUUAUGUCCCAUCAAUAAUUUUAAUCAAUUAUGUGUAGAUCAUGAAUAUAGUAGAGCCAACAGUACUGUUAAAAAUCAUGAAUCUCAAAAUUAUUUUACUGAAGUAAAUGAUACUGAAUAAUAAAAUUAUUUAACAUAUGGUAAUCAAAUAAACUCCAUUCAUUUUUUAAAAGAAUAAAAUCUAUCAUUUAUCAAUGACUUUAUUUCGAGAAUCAAUUAACCUAGAUAUAUAGAUAAAGAUACACAAUAUUCAAUCAAGUUUUAGUUGACAUUUAAUGUUUUAGGCAGUGACAUCCUUCCUUAAUUUGUAUUGUAAAUAAAUGAUAUUGAAAAAGUUAAUAAAAAAAAGUCCUUAAAUCAACCAUCUACUAGUUUCUAUUAUAGUACAAUCAAAAAGACUCUUGCAAGUGAUCCCUUUAAUGAAUCUGAUUUCUAAUUGGAUCAUGAGGGAAUAGAAAAUGAUAUAAGAUUCAAUCCUCCAAUCAUUAACAAAAUCAAUCAAGUGCAAAAUGCAGACAUUGAUGAUAGUUAGAAAAAAUAAUCAUAUUUGAAUGAAAGUUAAUAGUAAUAAUAGUUAGUAUCUCCAAGAGGAAAUAAAGAAAUCCUAAUCAAUGUCGAAUAAUACGAUGAUGAAGAUGAAGAGGAUCAAAAAUAAGUCUUUGAAUUUGCUAAGAGUAGCUCUUAGUAGAAUUAAAAUAAAUAGAAUGUAGAAGAAGUCAUUUAAUAAUAUAAAGAUUUAGAAUUAGAGUUCAAAGAUAAUGCUAAACAAUCUUAAUCUAGUGCUACAUCUGAUAGGACUUAGAUGUCUGUCUUCAAUAUUCUCAGAAAUCUGUAAUAUACUUAACGCUAUUAAACUACUCUUAUUAAAGUGUUCAUCAAUACAGUAAUUCUCUUUCUGGUGCUGCUAUUCUUAGUCAUUCUCGAAUUGGUUAUUGCAAGAGCCAAUACAAGCAAUCUGCAAUAUUAAAUUCCACUUGUCAGAUUACCUGAUAAGUUUAAUCGCUUAUAUUGCACAUUUACUGUUUUAGGAUAAAUUGAUCUAGAAAUUAGAUUGCUUGACUUUGAUUAUGGUGAGUAUUAUGUCUAUAGAAUCAUAAAAGAAAGUUAGUAAUUAAGGCAGUAACUGUUAGAAUUAAUUGUCCAAAUAGAACAAGAAUUCUCGGUUCUUGAUUAAUAAGGGAAGUUAACAAAAGCAGAAAUCAAAAUAGUUAAUUAGUAUAUUUAUCAAGUGUAAAAUAUUUCUUUUUUGUAAUUCAAUUAAAUGGUCAAUGAAUAUACUCAAGCAUUAAACAAUUUGAUGGAAGAAACAGAUGAACAAUCUGCAAUUAAUGAAUAAAUAAGAUUAUUAUUCUUGAAAGCAAAUCUCAAUAAUAUAAUUGAUUUUGUUAGCAACGUAGUUGAAAAUAUUGUGAGCGAAUUUUUUGCAAAUAUUGAUAAUUAUGAAUUUUUGUAUCUUGUCUUUCUCUUUGUUUAACUUUUGAUAAUCAUAGUAGCUAUUUUACUUUAAUUUAAAUUAUGGGUAGAACCAUAUGGUUAUAAAUAGAAUAUACUUCUAAUGAUUUGCAGAGUAUAAGAAAAGGAUGUUGAACUAUUAAUAUUGAAGUAUAAAACAUUUAAGGAUGUUCUCAUAAAUGAUAUUAGUAAGUGGAAAUAAAUCAAUUAUUUUAAAGAGUUCUUUACUUGUAGAAUAUCACAAUUAAAAAAAUUAUAAAAACUCAAACAUUCCCAUUAAGUUGAUAAAAAGCAAUUAAAGUAAUAAUAAAGAGCUAAAAUGAAUUAAAGAAUUUAGGAGACUCAAUAUUCCAUAAUGCAUAUUUAUUUGAUGCUAUUCUUUUUAUGGUUUAUACUAACAGCUUAUGUCUUAUCAUCUUAUCUAUUCUAAAAUAUCAACUUGAAAGAUUCAAAUCCUGAAUUGAAUUUGUGUAUGAAAUUUGUUAGAUUUAAAUAAAGAUUUGAUAGUUGCAUGAUUAUUAGUUAAUUGAUAAAAAAUUAAUUAUUAUUAAGUUAACAUCAGAGAAAAAGUGGUAUCUAUUUGAAAAACCCAGAGUAUAAUAAAACAAAUGGAUUUUUUUAAGAGAACAAUUAAAUUCUACUUGCUCAAUUUAAGAUUAGUUUGGAUUUAUAGAAAGAAUAAUACAAUUCAAUUUAUGAUAAUAUAGUGGCAUCCAACAAGAUCAAUGAUGAAAAUAAAAACUUAUUGUUAGGUUUGUAUUAAGAUGAUCUUUGUGAUUAUAUUGGUGAGUAGUUGCCGUUUUGUUAUUAUCAGAAUGGGAAAUUCCAAUACUUUCCAGAGUUUCCUUAGCCAUAGGAGAUUAAUAAUAAUAGGGAACAUCUUAAAUAAGGGUUUAAUGGAUUGUAUUAGGAAAUUUAAGCGCUUUUUUCAAGUAAAUUCGUAAAGGAAUUGAAUGGAGAAUUGGAGACAAAUGCAGAUGAAGUAGUUCUUUUUAUGGAAACUGCCGAAAAUAUUUAACUAUUAAUGCCAUAUUUCUUUGAUCUUAAUAAAGCAAUUGUAGAAUUCUAUGUAACAAUAAUAUCGACAUCUGUUGAUAUUUUAGAAACCGAUUACUAGAAUUACUUAAUCUAUUAUAUAGUUUUUGGGAUAGUGGCUUCAGCCAUUUUAUUUUCUGUUGUAAUCUAUGCAACUAGAAAAUUAUAAAGACAAAUUAGAGCAAUUAGAUAGGCAUUAGUAUUGUUACCGCAUGAAAGCCUAUUGGAUGUAUAAGUGUAUAAUGCAAUUAAGAGAUUUGAGCAAAAGAUGUGA